AUGAAAAUCUUACUUAUUAAAUUACAUAGUAAGUUUAUACAAAAUUGGAUCCCAGUAUUAUAUGUAUUCUUCGGGGUCCUGUUCGUGUUGGUUGUUCCAGAUGAAAUUCUCAAGUCUUCAACAUCCAAUAAUCCUACAAAAAGUAUCAAAAGUGGCAAGCCAAAAAAAAAUCGGGGUAGAUCAUUAACGCCCAUUAUUGUUGGUAAUAAUUCAACAAGAAAUCUUGAAAAUUCUCCAACUAAACCCGAUGAUGAUUCAAACAGAAGAACUUCAACACCUAUCAGAGCACCCAAACCUAUCAGAGCUUCUACACCUAUCACACCUAUGCAAAUUGAUGACGAAUAUUACGAAAAAAUCACUUCAAUAUAUCGAUUGUGCCGACGUAUUAGUGAGCAACAACGAUUAGAUUCUCAAACGAUACAGAGACUUGUGGUGGUCAACGAGCUUUCGGAUGAAUUUUGGAAUCGCGCAUAUAAAAAGGUGUCCAAAGAACUUAUUCUAAAGAUCCUAUUUCCUUCAGAUACAGAGUACCGUGAAGCUUUAGAGAAAUACCUCGCUGAACAUGCCAGUCAUUAUAUUGAAAAUCUUGGAAGAAAUACGUGGGUUUCCCUAUUCGAAUCAAAGUUAUUACCAGAACAGAAGUUAAAACGUGUGGAUAGCAGUGCGUCCUCUAAAAAGAUUGCUGAAUGGAAAAAAAAUGCAAAAACGCGAGAAGCAUAUCGAGAACUUUUUGAAAAUCAAGGUAUUCUCACGAAAAUAACCUCUUCUAUUAUCAAAUCAUACGAAGGCAGUGAGCUUCCUCUAGAACACUGGGUUUAUGUACUCGCCAUCUGCGAUAUUGUCUUAAAUCCCAGUAGCCCUGGGAUUAAAUGCAACGACAAGUUAGUUUUAAAAAGAGUUGAUUUUAUUAUGCAAUCGAUCAAAAAUAAAGUUACUGUAACUCCGCAUUUGUUGCAGGAGUUAGCGGCGAAAGAAGAUUCAGAACAAAGUCCAGAAAUUUCGUCUAUAAUUGAAGAAUCGAGCGAUGCUGAUGAUGGUAAUAGUAGUAGUUACGAAGAAUUACUCAAGAGUUUAGAUUCGAAAUUCUCUUAACAUUUGUCAAAUUUCUUCGUAUUACAUUAAUUUUCAGAAUUCAGAAAUUUGUAUUUGAAAUUCUUCAAUUUUUUUUUGAAUAUAUUUUAUUAAAUAAAUUACAUAUUAAAUAAAUUACUAUAUAUAAAAUUGUUUGUAAUAAUUGUGAUGAUCAGUGAAAUUAAAUAUAUUUGAAUUAUUUCGAAUAUUUAUUUUUUAAAAAUCUUCGCAGAAUUUCGUUAUUUGUUUUUUUAUAAUCUUCGCAGAAUUUCAUUAUUUAUUUUUUAAAAAUUUUCGCAGAAUUUUGUUUCUUGAAAUUCUGCGCAGUUUUUGAUGAAUUUUUUUUUCCAAAGACUGCCAACAGGGUUGCAGAUCUGUGCAAAAAUGUCACCUGC